CUCUCGCCGUCUGUCCGCUAUCUGAGGCCGGGAAUGCUUUUACUUCUGCCUUUCGUGGUGGUUUGAGUUUCUACGUUUUCCGUUCUUCGUUUGUGUCCUCAUCCAAGCGAUAUCAAUAACUAUGCCCAAUCCCUCCCACUUUCCGGCUGCCUCCUGGAGCUUCAUCGGCCAGUUCCGAGCUUUGAGCUGAUCCAAUGUCUUCGCCGCUCGGCUUCACUCCAUGGAGGAGGAGGGCAUUGAGCUCGACCUCGCAGCGCGAUCCCCCGCAGCUCCAACCUGCCGAUGGCUUCAGCUCCAGCCCUUCGCACGGUUCCCACCAAACUUCUACUACUACUACGCAAGCUCGCCCGACGUCCAUCAGCUCCGCGCCCAGCCAUCGAGAGCCCAUUCGAUCCUUUAUUCACAGCUCUGUGCGAGAUGACUUACUGGUUCCGGUAGAUAGUGUUCAAAAUGCGAGAAACAUUUGUCAAGACACCGCGGAGCUUGCCACCUACCUCCUCUCAGACGGACAAGCUCCCCCAAGCCCCGUAUUCCUACGCUCGCGAUCAUCCGUCCACGAAGUCGCCGCGUCCGAUUACGGCGACGAGUCUUCCAUAGCUGACCAUGCGCGCAACUCGACAACGAUUGUAGAGGUAUCUGAGCCGCCAUCGCCAGAGGCCGAGCGCGACACACAUGCGCCCGCCGGGCCCUCGGUUCUUGCAAACCUCCUCAAGGGCUCCCCUCCUCAGUCGAUGGCUCAACAUCACCCUCCCGAGACCGAACAUGAAGAAGACGAUGGGGACCGAAACCAGCCCGAGCCGCGUUUCCAUACCGAUGCCAGUUCGGAGCGUACGCCACUGCUGUCGAGGGUGACUUCAGGCGGCAGGCGGUCUUACACGGAGGAUCUUGAGGGUCUGAAAUCUCGCGCAAAGCGUCCUUGGAUAAGCGGUUUGGUAGAAGCAGGCCACAAGGCAAUAUGGCACAACACGGUGGUUACUCCCGUCUCAUGCUUGCCCGCCGUGGCUGUUGGUCUAUUGCUCAACAUUCUAGAUGCGCUCUCUUACGGUAUGAUUCUUUUUCCUCUGGGAAAGCCAAUCUUUUCACAUCUAGGAUCUGCCGGUAUCUCGGUUUUCUAUGUCAGCACCAUCGUGUCACAAAUCACAUUCUCAUCGGGCAGUAUCUUUAAGGGCGCCGUGGGGUCUGAAUUGAUCGAGGUGGUGCCGUUCUUUCACAACAUGGCGUUCCGAAUCACCGAUACGGUUGGAGAGAAUAACCCUGACGCCACCAUUGCCACCACUAUCGUGUCAUACUCCAUAAGUGCCAUGAUUACCGGCCUCGUCUUCUAUCUCAUGGGCCGAUUCAAGGUUGGAUAUAUGGUGGGGUUCAUCCCCCGGCACAUCUUGAUUGGAUGCAUAGGUGGCGUCGGAUGGUUCUUGGUCACUACGGGGUUCGAGGUAUCGGCUCGCCUCGACGGUAGUCUGGAAUAUGACCUCGACACGCUGAAGAAGUUGGCAAACCCAUCAACCGUACCGCUCUGGGUUGUCCCCCUGAUACUGGCCAUUCUUCUCUUCUACGAGCAGUCAAAAAUUACCUCCAAGUUCUUUUUGCCUUUGUUUAUCUUGGCGAUUCCCUUGGUUUUUUACUUUUUUGUAUUGGCUCUUGACGUGUUGGAUGUGGAUACAUUGCGCGACCAAGGAUGGAUUUUCCAAGGGCCACCCUCCUGGGAGCCGUGGUGGUAUUUCUACACUCUCUACCAGUUCAAACUUGUGCGCUGGGAUGCAGUCGUCGAAUGUAUCCCCGCCAUGUUUGCCUUAACCUUCUUCGGCAUCCUACAUGUCCCGAUUAACGUCCCUGCCUUGGCCCUGAACUGCGGCGAAGACCACGCUGAUCUCGACAAGGAGCUGAGGCUUCAUGGCUAUUCCAAUUUCCUGUCUGGUUGCUUUGGCAGCAUCCAGAACUAUUUGGUCUAUGCGAACACCGUGUUUUUCAUGCGGUCAGGCGGAAACACACGCCUCGCAGGCUACAUGCUAGCUGCCGCCACCUUCGGCGUCAUGCUUGUUGGCCCAUCACUUAUCGGAUUCAUUCCGGUCAUGAUGGUGGGCACUUUGAUCUUUGAUCUAGGCUUUGAGCUCAUGUUGGAGGCGCUAUGGCUCCCCCGCAAGAAGCUCAAGCUCGCUGAGUACAUAACCGUAGUCGUCAUUGUGCUCGUCAUGGGCAUUCACGACUUUGUGGUGGGUAUCGGGGUCGGCAUCUUGCUAGCCUUCGCAUCACUCAUUCUACAAACUUCACUGGUGUCAGCUAUCCGUGGAAACUAUUCCGGUGACAUUGUCACUUCCACUGUGAGGCGCAAUCUCUGGCAGCAUCACUACCUGCACCGGGUUGGCUGCCAGAUCUAUAUUGUGAAGCUCACGGGGUAUCUCUUCUUCGGAACCGUUGUGAGCGUCGAGGAGAAGAUUCGAGGCCUGUUGGAGGACAGUGCAUUUGCCAAGCAGCCCAUCAAGUUCCUAAUAUUGGACUUGUGGCACGUUUCUGGCCUUGAUUACUCGGCCGGUGAAGCAUUCAAUACCAUCAGUAGGCUUCUCAACAACAAGGACGUUGUUUUUGUCCUGAGUGGUGUUGACUGCGACAGUGAGCUUGGUCGAAACCUGAGGGCCGUUGGAUUAGGAAGCGAUGGAAUCGAUGUCAUGAUGGUGCCCGAUCUUAACUCUGCAUUAGAGAGCUGCGAGAACGAGCUUCUAAAAACCCUAUAUGCGAGACAGGAGGAGCUUGCUUUGAAGCGAGUUUCCGUCCAGAACUUGGAUGUCCCUGCGAGAUCUUCGACUGCGUUCUCCUCAUUCGACCCGCCCUUCAACUCACCUCGGCGAAACCAUCUUGUCGAGGCUGCCCAGGAUGCACUGAGCAGUGUCGACGUGCAGCGUCCAUCCAGAUGGAUGAGCUUCAAAGAGCCGCUUAGGCUCAUGCUCCAGAUCUUCCAGGGCCUCAGUGAAAGAAAAGAGGAAAGAAACGAGGACUUCUGGUUCCCAGCAACCUCAUACUUUACCCGACGCGAGUAUCCGGCCGGUACCAUUCUUUUCCGGCGCGGAGAGUCGGCGAACGGCUUCUACAUGUUGGAACGGGGCAUCAUCCGGGCUGAAUACGACCUCCCUCAGGGAUGGCUUUGCGAGAGCAUCGUGGCGGGCACGACCUGCGGCGAGCUCCCCUUCUUUUCCGAUACUGAUCGGACGGCGACUGCGGUGGUGGAGAGAGAUUGUGUCGUCUGGCUUAUGGACCGGGAGCAGUGGGCCAAGAUUCAAAUCGAGCAGCCGGAGGUUGGUAGGGAACUGUUGAGGGUGUCCCUGAAGCUCACUAGCGAGCGCAUGAGCGCUAUUACCUCGUACAUCUUGACGACGGCGGGUUAG